AUGCUGCUCGGCCUGUGCACCUGUCUCCUCUGGCUGUCUACCAGUGGCCUCUGGACUGCUCAGGCUAAGGACUCUGAUGCUGACAUGAGUGUAAGGAGUCAGCACCGGGACCUGGCUCCAAACAAUGUUGACUUUGCCUUUAGCCUGUACAAGCACCUAGUGGCCUCAACCCCCGGCAAGAAUGUCUUCAUCUCCCCUGUGAGCAUUUCCAUGGCCUUGGCUAUGCUUUCCCUGGGGGCCCGUGGCUACACAAGGGCCCAGCUUCUCCAGGGCCUGGGCUUCAACCUCACUGACACGUCUGAGGCCAAGAUCCAUCAGGGUUUCCGGCACCUCCAUCGCCUCCUCAUGGAGUCAGACACCACCUUGGAAAUAACCAUGGGCAAUGCCUUGUUCCUCAACCAGAGCCUGGAGCUGCUAGAGUCCUUUUCCACAGACACCAAGCAUUACUAUGAGUUGGACACCGUGGUGACAGACCUUCGGGACUGGGCCAGAGCCCACAAGCAAAUCAAUGAGCACAUCAAGAACAAGACACAAGGGAAAAUUGUGGACUUGUUCUCCGAGCUGGACAGCCCAGCCAUGCUCAUCCUGGUCAACUACAUCUUCUUCAAAGGCACGUGGGCACACCCCUUCGACCUGGCAAGCACCAAAGAGGAGAACUUCUAUGUGAAUGAGACGACCCUGGUAAAGGUGCCCAUGAUGUUCCAGUCGAACGAGAUCAAGUACCUCAAUGACCCGGUGCUCCCCUGCCAGCUGGUGCAGCUGGACUACCUGGGCAACGGCACUGUCUUCUUCAUCCUUCCAGACAAGGGGCAGAUCGACGUGAUCAUCAAGGCACUGAGCCGGGACACCAUGCAGAGGUGGUCCGAUUCCCUGUCCAGUGGCCCGGUGGACCUGUACAUCCCGAAGGUCUCCAUCUCAGGAGCCUAUGACCUUGGGGGCCUCCUGGAGGACAUGGGCAUUGCAGACCUGCUCACCAACCAGGCAAACUUCUCAGGCAUCACUCAAGAAGCCCAGCUGAAGGUGUCAAAGGUGAUCCACAAGGCCACGCUGCAACUCGAUGAGAAGGGGGUGGAGGAAGCUGCCCCAACCAGAGUCUCCCGAAACGAGGCGUCCGAGCCUCUCACCAUUCACUUCAACCGGCCCUUCAUCAUCAUGAUCUUCGACCACUUCACAUGGAGCAGCCUCUUCCUGGUCAAGGUUGUGAAUCCAACCUAA